AUGACUGGACAUGCAGCAGCAGCCACAAUCCCAGCGCCUGAGGAUGAAGGCCUGCGUGGGAGCUCCGGUCCCGCUGCCACGGCCGCCCAGGAUGAGAACUUGUAUGCUGUCAUGAAAGACACACAGGCUGAAGAGGACAGACAGCUGGACAGCCAGGCUGUAGUCUCUGAAGACUCCCAAGAUGGGACUUAUGCCCAGAUCAACAGCUUGGUCUCUGAAGACCCUCAGGAUGUGACCUAUGCCCAGCUCAACUGCCUGACCCUCAGGCGGGUGACAAGUGGACCCGCUUCCUCCCAAGAAGAGCCUCCGGCAGAGCCCAGUGUGUAUGCAUCUCUGGCCAUCCGCUAGCCCAAGCAGGACCCACACCCCACACUCCGGGGGUCUGCGAGGUCUCCUGCAGGGAGCCUGAGGGCAAAGGAGCUGCCCACAGUGGGUUCUACCUGAUCCCACCCAGCCUGGAGGCAGGACAAGGACCCAACUACUGGGACCUUGUGGAAACUGCUUCCAGGAAUUCCCAUCACCAUACAGCUGACCUUAGGGUUCCUGUAAAGUGACCCUGACUCCAAGGAUUCCCAUGGAAAUGCCAAGACCACCAAGUGGUAACCCUGGUGGUGGGGGGAAGGGCAGGGCCUACCAACCAGCACUAGGAUAGGACUACUCAGGACCUUCUGUAGGCUUCGUGGCAGCCAGGCAGCCUCCCAGGACCAUCACUGCGAAGCUGGGUCUUAAAUGUCCUUUCCCACAGGCCCCUAAUUAGGACUCACCCACUUCCCAACCCCACCAAAAUGAGCUUUGAAAUCAGUCUGUUCACCUUCUCAAGGGCUUCCUACCAAAACCCAACUACAGUAGUUCGUCUCCACCAGUGACCCCAGGUUCAGCUCUUUGCGCCCACCCCCAACAUUUAACCCCUGACCCCCACUCACUACUUCUCUGCCGGGAAAGGACUCCACCCCACCCCACUGCAAACAGCUGGCUCCCAGCAGCAGACAUGAGUGGGGUGCACUUCCCCUACCCCAACAAGGAUCCCCAGCUGGUAGGCUCCCCAGGCCCCUCUAAGCAAGAGGCAAUGCUCCAAGUGUGAACUUGCUAGGAUGAGGAAGCCUGAACUUUUUCCCACCACAGAAGCCUGUGUGUUCAGAGAAGGAAGGAGAACAGACCCACCAAUAAACACCAGUUCCAAA